AUGGCAGGAGCUCACAAGGCUCAGGGCAACAAGCUCUCCUCUGGGACGGGGAUGGGUAGAGCUGUUUAUUCUACCGACAUCAACACGGCCAACAACAGAUGUAAGUUCACUGAACUGGAAGAUUUCAGGCAAUGUUUGUGUAGUUAACUUGAUCUUUGUGGUUUUUUUUCCCCCGCCGGUGUUUUAAAGGCACUGUUACUGUAUCAGGUCUGUUACUGUAUCAGGUCUGUUACUGUAUCAGGUCUGUUACUGUACCAGGUCUGUUACUGUACCAGGUCUGUUACUGUACCAGGUCUGUUACUGUACCAGGUCUGUUACUGUACCAGGUCUGUUACUGAAUCAGGUCUGUUACUGUACCAGGUCUGUUACUGUAUCAGGUCUGUUACUGUAUGAGGUCAGUGUAGGUGGGGAGGAAGAGAGUAGUCCUCGCCUACAUACCGGUAUUAGACCACAUUAUGUGUGUGUAGGCACUGGGAUUGCUGGGUGCCUACCUGCAUGUAUGUGUUAAUGUGUUGCAUGUCUAUAUUCCAGGAGAACUAGGUAAGCUGACAGCUGCUUUACUGCUCUCUCUGUCUCUCUCUGUCUCUCUCUCUCUCUCUCUCUCUCUCUCUCUCUCUCUCCUCCUCUCCCUCUCUCUCUCUCUCUUCUCUCUCCUCUCUCUCUCUCUCUCUCUCUCUCUCUCUCUCUCUCUCUCUCUCUCUCUCUCUCUCUCUCUCUCUCUCUCUCUCUCUCUCUCUCUCUCUCUCUCUCUCUCUCUCUCUCUCUCUCUCUCUCUCUCUCUCUGUCUCUGUCUCUGUCUCUGUCUCUGUCUCUGUCUCUGUCUCUGUCCACUCCAGUCGAUGCUGAUGAGAUUAAGCGGCUGGGAAAGAGGUUUAAGAAACUGGACCUAGAUAACUCUGGGUCUCUCAGCGUGGAGGAGUUCAUGUCCCUGCCUGAACUCCAGCAGAACCCGCUGGUCCAGAGGGUCAUCGACAUCUUCGACACAGAUGGAAAUGGAGAGGUGGACUUCAAGGGUAAGCCAGAGUGCAAGAGUAGCCUGGUCCCAGAUCUGUUCGUGCCUUUUCCUUCUCCAUUGUGCAUGACCAUUUUUACUGGUGAAUAAAUGCUUGGGCCCGACAAUGUCUUUGGAUUGAAGCUCAUUUGCUGAAAUCAAGGCUAAUAAUAUCAGGGACGUCAGUGUUGGUAAACAGGUUUAUUGUCCUCCUGUCUGAGAAUGUCCCAGCAAAGUACAGGGUGGCCUAAACUAGAGGGGUAUACGACAAACCAGGAUCAAUGAGCUGUCCAGAUAACUUGCCUAAAAUGUCUGAAAUAACUUUUUAUUAUUUUAGAAAGAUAAGCUUGGUAUGGGCAUUGUCUCAUUGACUCAACAACCAAACACACACCUAAGUUUAGCUUUCUUAAUUAACGAGAAAAUCUAUAUUUAUUUCUGGUCGUUCAUGAAAGUUAGCUGGCUAACUCAUUGAUCAUGCUUCCUGAUAGUUGCUGGUUGAAAACACCGGACCUUCUAAUCAGCAGGUUUCCAUGGGCAGGAGUUUCAGCUUUCCAUGGUGACAUCACCAUGCAGUAAAUUGGUUAAUAGACCAAUAACAAAGAGAGUUCCAAACCUCUCUGCCAAUAACAGCUAUUUUUCCAUUUUCUCUCCCCGCUCUGACCACUUCCAGACAGUCCUAGCAAGAAUCUUACUAGAGAAAUAGUUUUUUGCUAAAAAAGCUAUUUUUGCUAAUUGUAAUGGAAAUCUAUUACAGUAAGGUACUUAAUUGUUACCCAGAAAUGAUUUGAUAUUGAUAUAAAACGGCUGCAUUGUGCCUUUAAUCACAUUGCAUGAUGAACAGUAUUAAAAGGAUCUUGAUGACCAGGGAGAGAAGUUGGGACUUUGGCCUGGACUGGUUUAGACCAGUGUUUCUCUCUGCCUAACGGUACCUGCAGAGGCAGCAGUAACACUGAAUAACAUAGGACAGUCAGAACUAGAUAGCCUAGAUUCCAUCCGGAUAUAGCACGAUUGACAUUUAAAGAUAAUUUCCGAUUGAGCCGACAUAUGCAUCGUUUACCGUGAAUGCGGCCUCUGCAAAAACAUUGCCUUUAAAAGGUGCAUAGCGUAAAAGGGGCGUACUGAUUGAAUCUAGCCCUAAGUAUCGAUUGCAGUAGUCUGCUGAUGAGAUUUUGAUUGAAUUUAUGAACGCAUAAGUAGUGCAUUUGAUCACUCCGAUUUAUAAAAGUAUUGCGUAGGCUAGUAACAGUAUAAGAAGUCAAAGAAAGUCUAACUCUAAACCAUCUCUUUCCCCAUCAGAAUUCAUUGAGGGAGUCUCACAGUUCAGUGUCAAGGGGGACAAGGAGUCAAAGCUUCGGUGUAAGUAGACAAAUCUACUGCAAAUCCACCUCCUCUACAUCCUACAUCGAUACGCCUCUCACCACACAAAGUUAAAGGAUCUGUAUUACAAAGACAAAACCCAUCCCCCAGUCGCCAAAGUAGAAACAGAAUGCCUGAUAGCAUCAAUGAUGAGGCUUUCUCCAAAACACAAAAGGUCUGUGUUCAGGAUUGUUGACUUACCCACACAUUCCUUCAUCCUUCCACCUCGCUCUCCCUCCUCUCCCUCCCUGGCCCCUUUCUCUCCCUCCCUGGCCCCUUUCUCUCCCUCCCUGACCCCUUUUUCUCCCUUUCUCUCACUCCUUGGCCCCUUUCUCUACCUCCCUGGCCCCUUUCUCUCCCUCCUCUCCCUCCCUGGCCCCGUUCUCUCCCUCCCCGGCCCCUUUCUCUCCCUCCCUGGACCCUUUCUCUCCCUCCCUGGCCCCUUUCUCUCCCUCCCUGGCCCCUUUCUCUCCUCUCCCUCCCUGGCCCCUUUCUCUCCCUCCCUGGCCCCUUUCUCUCCCUCCCUGGCCCCUUUCUCUCCCUCCUCUCCCUCCCUGGCCCCGUUCUCUCCCUCCCCGGCCCCUUUCUCUCCCUCCCUGGCCCCUUUCUCUCCCUCCCUGUCUCCUUCCCCCCCUCCCCUCUAGUCGCCUUCCGGAUCUACGACAUGGACAAGGAUGGCUACAUUUCCAACGGGGAGCUCUUCCAGGUGCUGAAGAUGAUGGUUGGAAACAACCUGAAGGACACUCAGCUCCAGCAGAUCGUGGACAAGACCAUCAUCAACGCAGACAAGGACGGAGACGGCAGGAUAUCCUUUGAAGAGUUCUGCUUAGUAAGUCUGGGGUCAUGA